UCUUUGUACUUAGCCUGGCCUUCGUGGUAGGCGUACCCCGCCCCCACUUUGAUAGCUGGCAGCUAGGGAAGGAAGACGAGGGAGUACGGCCGAUGGGGAUGUAACGUAGUAAUCGCAUGCCUUAUUAGCUUCUCUACUUCUUUGAUGUAUUUCGAUCAUCCUGCGUUUUCUUUCCAGAUCCCCUAUCCUUUAGACAUUGGUUGUGAGGAAGACGUUUCGCGACUCCCGAGUAUUCAGUUGGGUAAAGAGCAGGGAAAGCAAUAGGAAACUACAAACUAUGUAUCCGAAGUCAGACGUCACAGUCGACGCCUCGAAGUUCGAUCGCGAUGGUAUCGACAAGCAGACGCUGGAGUUCAACGAGAAGUUGAUUAAGAUUUGGGCGGAUGGACCAAGGUGGUAUGAGGUCGGCGCAGCAGCGUACCGCCAAAUGCGCUGGGAAGGCAAAACCCCCUUGCCCAAACCCGUCGUCUUACCCGAAGGUUUCAACGGUUCUCUCCCAUCUCGAGACGCCGGAAGGGAGAUUCCGUACCGCGUUUUCAAGCCGAGCGGAGGGGUAAGUAGGGGCAUUCAUAUGCAUAUUCAUGGUGGGGGGUGGGUGUUGAUGAGUGAGGCUUAUCAAGACCCGUAUCUAAAGUACAUGGCCGACCACUUCGAAGUAACAGUCGUAUCAAUCGGGUACCGUCUCGCACCCGAAGACCCAUGGCCUGCUGGCGCAGAAGAUUGCUACGACGCUGCGGAAUGGCUUGUGAAGAACGGCCCUGAGGUUUUUGGUGGGGAGUUGAUGUUUACGGGUGGUGAGUCUGCAGGCGGCCACCUCGCCUGUCUUGUCGCCUUUCACCUGUUGAAAACCCUCCCAUCCUUCUCCUUCCGCGGCCUGCUCCUCCACUUCGGCUGUUACGAUAUGUCCUCCUUCCUGCCGCACGUACUCCACCACGAAUCGCACCUGGUAAUCGACUACGACGUCAUGAAAUCCUACAUCGACGCCUUACUCCCCAACACCACGGAAGCCGAGCGCCGCGACCCGUCGAUAUCGCCCUUUUGGCAGGACCUACGGGGCAUGAAGUUGCCGCCUGCGCUGUUUACGUGCGGCAGUGAAGACCCGUUGUUGGAUGAUAGUGUGUUAAUGGGGGCGAAGUGGGGGAUGUGGGGGUGUGAGAGUGUGGUGAAGAUUUAUAGGGGCGCGCCGCAUGGGUUUAUUGGGUUUCCGCCUGGGACUAUUAGGGCGGUUCAGGAGGUGCUUGAUGAUACUGAGGCGUUUGUUAGGGCGAAGAUGGGGGUUUGAGAGGGUAGGUUAGUAAGGUAGGAUGUGCCGAGAAGACGUACUUGGCGGAUGCCCUCCAGAAAGGUUCUACACCAAAUCGAACUCAUCGUAGACAUAUGUACACCCGUAAUUGGAUAGAUAAGGCAUGAUAUCUUUUGCGGUCAGCUGACCGUCCGGUUUUAAUGUAUCCACCAGGACAUGGGUCGGAUCAUAUAUACGGCCGGUGCCAACAAAGCGAUAGGCCG